UCGGCACCGUCCUCUAAAAGCCACCCGCAGAAUGGGGAAGUAGCGGCAAAUUCUUCACGCAGCGGUAGCAAGAUGUUUUUACUUUCGCUUCUUACUUCUUCGCCAGCAGGCAUCGAAGCACCUGCGGAGCCUGGCCUGGGACAGGGGGACAGAAGUUCAUUUUGUCUGAGGCUGUCAGCAACAUACUCGCUGCAGGAUGGGAAACACAAAUACUAAACAGCCAACCUCACCAGAAGUCUCCAUCAAGAAAACAGCAGGAGGCAUGAUCCAGAACCUACAAGAGGACAUCACAUGCUCCAUCUGCCUGGAGGCUUUCGAUGACCCCGUCUCCAUCGAGUGUGGGCACAAUUUUUGCAGGGGCUGCUUGUCUGCCCACUGGAGCGGAUCCUCGCAUUGCGGGUACCGCUGCCCUGAAUGCCGCCAUCCCUGCAGUCGUGAGAGGAUGAAGCCGGACACUCGGCUGCGGAACUUGGUGGAAAAAAUUGGGCAGAUCCCUCUGCUGGAGGAGGUUGAUGAAAAACUGGAAAUGACAACAACUCCAUUACAGUUGGGGCAGCCCAUGCAGCUGGUGGGUCUGGAUGAAUAUGGGGAACUCUGCCUGAAUGAAGAGGCUCUGAGCUGCUGCUUAGAGCAAGGACAGGUGAAGGACGCUCCCAUCUGCCUAAUCUCCAUUCUUGGGGAGCAACGCCGUGGCAAAUCGUUCAUGCUGAAUUUCCUUCUGCGGCGGUUCCAAAACCUGGCGGCUGAGGAUGAAUCAUGGAUGGGUCAGGAAGACGAGCCACUGACAGGAUUUGAGUGGCGACCGGGACCUAAUACCACCACGAAGGGGGUGUGGAUAUGGAGCCAGCCGUUUUGGGUCCCCAGUGAACAUGGAAUGGUAGCCAUGUUCUUGAUGGACACAGAGGGGUCUAUGGAUCUAGAGAGAAGCAAGGAAGUUGGUGUCAAACUCUCAGCUUUCUCCAUGCUGCUCAGCUCCUAUCAGAUACUCAAUUUGGCCACCACAAUGAAGGACACAGAUCUGGAAUACCUGGAAAUGUUCGUGUACGUAGCGGAGAUAGUGGGACGUGCCUGCAGUUUAAAGCCCAUUCAGCAUCUCGAUCUCUUGGUGCGUGAUUGGUUCUUUCCACCCAUCCAUGGACUCCAGGGGGGUCAGAAGUAUCUCCAAGAGGUCAUACAGAGGCUGGAGUGUGAUCCGCAAAGGCAUCCACGAGCGCUGAAUACCCUCAGGAGCCCCAACACCCGCUGUUACCUGAUGCCUUUUCCUGGCAAGCAAUUGGUGAUAGGAACUGAAGGCACCUUAGCAGAUACGGAUAACGAUUUUAAGGAAUGCCUGAAGGAUUAUGGGAACGAUAUAGCUAGAUCAGCUGGAAAGCUUCUAAAGGAAAACGGGAACGGGGUAGCCCUCACAGGGGCACAGCUUGCAGCCAGGAUAAAGAAUUUCUCCACUCUAAUGAAACAACAAAAGUUUGGCUUCUCCUCAACCACACAGAUGGCCAUCACCUUACACAACGUGGACACCCAGGAGGUUCUGAGAAAGGAAUUUGCAGAGUUCAUCAAAGAACAGGAUCAACUCUCCCGCCCCAUGUUAGCAGGCCUACAAGUGAAACCCAGCUCAAUGAGAAAGCGCCUUCUGGAGAAGCAGCGGGAGCUGGUUGAAGAGUGCAAGAUGUCGCUACAAGGCGAUGAGCCAGGUCGGACAGAUUCCACGUUGUUGCUGGAGUCCCGCCUGCAGAGCGACGCAAAAGACUUCCUGGAACGCUACAGCCGUCGCUACAAAUCCCAUGCCCUCAAAGCAGGGUUGGCCGUUGGGGUGGGGGCUGUGGGCUUAGCCGGUGGGGUCAUUGGGGCUGGAGUGGCAGCUGCCAUCUUGGCUGCGGAAGCCAUUGCGCUGAGCACUGGUACCGCUGCUACUUUUGCCAUUGGAACUAUGGCUGGGGCUGGAAGCUUUGCACUUGUUGGGGGAGGUGUGGGGGCUGGCGUAGGGAGCAGCAUAGGGGAGCGUAGGGUCCAAGAGGCCGAGAAUGUGGCUGACAGUGAUGUUGAGGCUGAAGAAAUGGAGGAUGAUCUGUCAGACGAGAGGUGCCUUAUUGGCCAUCAGGACACACCCUAGGAUUGAUCAAGAGGUAGGCUUGUGGCCUACAGCUUCCUCAACAGCUGUGGGAAAUUACUGGAAAAUAAUUUAUCCUGCACCCUUGUUUUGUUGUCAUGGAAGCAUAGAUCCCAGGGUAAAAGGUUGGGUCUCACAUGGUGUCCUCUGUACCAUGAACUGUCAUCUCUUCUUCCCCAUAGUAGUUGGCUAAGGGAUAGCAAAGAGACAUGAGUCCCAGGGUUCACCACCAUGGAAAUGUGGCCUUGCUGGUGAUGAGUGAAGGCUGCUUAAUGAGGCCUUCUGAUGCUAUGGCAAUAUUUUGCAUCUAGUGAGCCCCCACUGUGCCUUCUUGGUUUCCUUCUUCCUCAGGGCUAUAGAUAACUCAGCGCAGCAAGCCCCUGGAGAAUCCUCAACUCUUUCUCAGGUAACAAAUCACUUUCCUCCCGCAACACCUACCCUGAUGUAAUGAGCAGCGAGGAGGGGAUAUGAGGAAUUAGGGGCCUUCCUCUUCAUCCUCAAUCAGCACCAACAGGAGCUAGGAAGAAGCUUAGUGGCAUAGUUUUUGCCAUGCCUGUGCAGUGCAUUCUGGGAUAAACAACAGUGGGCCAGCACAAAGCAAUGCAUUAUGGACCUGUGCUGUCAUCUCUUAAAGAGGAUUCCUUGCUUUUGUCCUCUGCAGCAAGGAGGUGAUGUGUGGGGUCAAAAUACUGGAUAGAAGCCUCUGCCCCACCCACCCCCACCGUAGUUUUCAGCAGCACCCUCCUCCUCCUCCUCUCUGCAGUUCAUUUCAGGUCUGUGCAGUUCAAAUGUUGCCACUGCUGAUUGGAUUAAUUCAGGGGCAGGCAACCUGUGGCCCUCUUAAUGUUUUGGCCUACAAAUCCCAUCAGCCCCUAACCAGCAUAGAGGUUGGUAUGGGUUGAUGGGAGUUGUAGGCCGAAAACAACUGAAGGGCCAAAAGUUGCCCAGCCCUGGCAUUGAUUCUGCACCCUAUGGGUUCAAUCUCUCAGGUAUACCAUGUGGGGUAAGUGAGGGAUGCAGUUCCCAAUGCAAUUGGAUUGCAGUAAGGGCUGCUGGGAAAUUUGCAUUGCUUCACUGGAACGAAGCCUCUCCACGCAUCCUCAGGGCAGCCUAUCCUUGAGUCCUUGGUAGUCUAUUUUGACAUGCCCAGAAACACAGAGUGGGAUGCAAUGCACCUUCUGGAAUACUUGGCUGAGUUACUGUCAGAAAUAUGUUUUUUGUUCCCUGCUUUGUAUCCAAGUGCCUUGGCUUUUAUGGCUGUUUAUGACUUGUUGCUGUCUGCCUGGCCUCUCUUGGGCCAUCUUCAGGAAAUACAUUUAUUUAUUUCA